UGUUUAGCUCUUUCUUUCACCCCCUCUGAGCUCUUCUUUGAGAAGCUCCGGAUCCAUCCGACCAUGGCGUUGAAUGCCGAAUAUCGAGGUCUGGUGGCGCACUCCUCCCCUCAUGCAGUGACGAGGGCCAGGCCAUGGCCUAGCGAGGCCAAGGCUCCUGUUCAUGCCAAGCGAGGUUUGGCAUGGGCCGGCUUUCAGGGCCUGCUGCCACUUUGCUUCGUGCUACCACGGAGAAGGCGGCGGAUGUCGCGGUCCUCUUCGUGCUCUCUUCGUGCGCUCCGCACCGGUCAGCCGCUACCAACCUCCUUGCCUUUGGCUGAGACCGACCCCUGGCGUUUGGCCGUCCCUGCGUUGAUUGCCAGCUUGGUGAGCUUGGCCAUUUACCCCUCCGUGUCACUGGCGGUAGCAUCACUGCUGGACGAAGUGGCCUUGGGAGUGAUCAAAGGAGAUGUCUCGCAGUUUAUGCAAAACUUCUUCAACUUCAACACCUUGCUCUUCUCCUUCUUUGUCUCACAGACCUAUGCGUCUUUGUACGCGCAGCAGGAGAGCUUGUACAUGGCUUUGUUCUCGGAGAUCUCUGAGGCGAGAUCGCUUCUGGAGCAGCUGACCUUGGUGUCGCAGAACAGGCCCAGCUAUCGGUCCAUGCUAGAAAGCAUGAAUGCCUACAUCUCAGAGCUCAUUCUGGGAGUUCGGCUUGGCUGUCCACCCGCUGUGCUUGUGGCAGCAAAGCCUGCCAACGAUCCUCUAGAGAACAUCCUCUAUGCCACCAGCGUUGGGGUUCCCUCCGUGGUCUAUGACACUGUGCGGAGCUUGCGACAGGCUCGUGGGGUGAGAUUGGGUGCCACCCAGCGAAAAUUUCCCUUGGAGCACUUCAUCUUGCUGAAUGUUUUGGGCGCUUUGGAGCUCUUGGUCUUUCCGUUGCUGGGCGCGGGUAUUUCUGGCUAUGAACCCGAUGCAGCUUCACCUGGUCACGUGCUUUGGGUUCAGUCGGUGGUCUUCGCGCUCUUGGCUGGAGGGGUGGUGCUUGCACUCCAGGUGGUGCAGGACCUCCGGACACCCACCUGCGGGCUUUACAAUUUGAACGAAGCCCUCGAUGAGAUGGUGGAAGGCAUUCGAGGUGAACUGCAACGACGUUUGGAUGCAGCGCCACAGGCAACUUCGAGUGAUUCGAGCAUUGAGCCCAUGAAGGUUUCCAAUUGUGAUGAAUGCGAGAACAAGUGGGACAAUGAGGCAUGGCCCUCGUUGCAACCCCGUGGCGAACAGGACGGCGGGUUUCUCCGGCUGGGGAAGUGUGCAGCUGUGGGUCUCCUGGCUGCACUGCUCUUUGUGCCGAUCGCCUCUCUCAUGGAGUCCUCCUUCUCGGGCCCUGCUCUGCAAGCGAUUCGGGAGGACAACAAUGCGCAGUGGCUUCAAAACUGCUUCACAGGGGUAGGCUUGGUUUUCUCGCUCUUCGCGGCCCAGACUUUCAGCUUCCUCUACUCCCAGCAGGAAGCCAUCUACUUGGCACUCUACUCGGAGGUCUCGGAAGCGAAGGCCUUGCUGGAGCAAUUGGCCUUGGUUUGCAAGGGCAGGCCCACCUUGUCCGAGGCUCUUCAAGGUCUUCAACGCUAUGUGCGUGAAGACCUGAGGCGCCUGGACUGCAACCCUGCAAGGCUCCUCUCAGGGAGAGUCCACACAGAUGCCGGUCGCAGCGAUCCCUUGGAACAAGUGCUCUACUUCACCUCAGUGGGCGUGCCCUCCUACGUCUACGACACGGUGAAGUCCCUGCGCAGCGCUCGCGGAGAUCGCCUGGGCGCCACUCAGCGGAAGCUGCCCCUGCUGCACUUCGUGGUGCUCGCCAUCCUGUCCGUCGUGGAGCUCUUGGUCUUCCCUGUGCUAGCUGCAGGUUGCGCCAACCUGGACUCCACUGGCAGCAUUGCUGCCUUGCCGGGGCACAUUCUCUUCUUUCAGGCAACGCUGUUUGGGCUGAUGGCGACUGCCAUCACGCUCACAUUCGUGGUGCUUUAUGACCUGUGGCGCCCCAUCGGGGAUAGCUACAACUUCGAGACGAUUCUGCAAGAGAUGGUGUCCGGCAUGGAAGAGGAGCUGGAGGUCCGUUUGAUCCAAUGCCAGCAACAGGACAUUGAGGCUGAGGUGCCGUCUGGCGUUGUUUGAGCUCGCGCAGAGCCAGUAAAUGAAUCGCUUGAAAAGGUGCAUGUGGAGAUAUCGACAUGACAUGGCCAUCUGUGAUUGCGAGACCCUUGCCACAGCAUUGCACUAACUAAAACAAAG